AUGGCGAACCUCCCGGCAGAAACCAAGGUGUACGUGGGGAACCUGGGCACGGGCGCGGGCAAAGGCGAGCUGGAGAGAGCCUUCAGCUACUAUGGGCCCCUGAGAACCGUGUGGAUCGCGAGGAACCCACCAGGGUUUGCCUUCGUGGAACCGGCUUCGCUCCCGGCAGAGACCAAGGUGUACGUAGGGAACCUGGGCACGGGCGCGGGCAAAGGCGAGCUGGAGAGAGCCUUCAGCUACUAUGGGCCCCUGAGAACCGUGUGGAUCGCGAGGAACCCACCAGGGUUUGCCUUCGUGGAGUUUGAAGACCCGAGGGAUGCUGAAGAUGCUGUGCUUGGCCUCGACGGGAAGAUAAUAUGUGGCUCUAGGGUUAGAGUGGAAGUUUCAACAGGGAUGCCUCGUCGCUCCCGUUAUGACAGGCCUCCUGCACGACGCCCCUUUGACCCUAAUGACAGAUGCUAUGAGUGUGGUGAGAAAGGCCACUAUGCUUAUGAUUGUCACCGUUAUAGUCGCCGAAGGAGGAGCAG